AAGCUCCGACACGUAGAGUCGAAACAGGAGUGACACAAGCUUUGGAGCUUUAGUCCAGAAUUACUUGCUGUGUAUCAUGCAUAUGGAAAAAAUGAGGCUGGCUACCAGACUACAUUGUUUCAGGAGGCUUGUUUCACAGGCUUUAAAUGUUGCAAUUUUUCACUAGUACAACAGAUGGCAACCUCCUUGAAAAAUGUCACCUCGACAACCGGAAACAAGACGAAGACAGCAACGACGACGAAGAAGAGAAUUGUAAGCACGAGCAGCAUGGCGGUCGAUAUGAGAUUACCCUCCAUUCGAAAACUAGUAUCUCAUUCCCUUUCCGCUGGAGACAGAAGAGAUUUGGUCGUUCCCGGCGAUGUGAUCACGUCAGACUCUGGUUUCAUGAGGGGCCAUGGUACUUAUGUGGAUGAGGAGAAAUUGACAGCUUCUGUGGCCGGAGAGGUGCAGCGGGUGGACAAACUCAUCUGUGUGAGACCACUCAAGACCAGGUUCAACGGUGAGGUCGGUGAUGUGGUGGUUGGCAGAAUCACAGAGGUACAACAGAAACGGUGGAAGGUGGAGACAAACUCCCGAUUGGACUCUGUCCUUUUGUUGUCUUCUGUCAACCUGCCUGGAGGAGAGCUGAGGAGAAGAUCAGCUGAAGACGAGCUUACCAUGAGAGAGUAUCUUCUCGAAGGCGACCUCAUCAGUGCAGAAGUGCAGUCGGUCUUUUCAGACGGUGCUUUGUCGCUUCACACUCGUAGCUUAAAAUAUGGGAAACUCGGCCAAGGAGUGCUGGUGCAACUUUCUCCGUCUCUCAUAAAAAGACAAAAAACCCAUUUUCACAACCUCCCGUGUGGCGCUUCCAUCAUCUUGGGUAAUAACGGCUUCGUGUGGCUGUAUCCCACACCUGGACAACAGGAAGAAGAGGCCGGAGGGUUUUACACCAGCCUUGAGCCUGUCAGCCUGUCUGACCGUGAAGUGAUAUCCCGGUUAAGGAACUGCCUGCUGGCUUUGGCGGCGCACAAGGUCCUCCUGUUCGACACGAGUGUUCUCUACUGCUAUGAAUCUUCACUUCAGCACCAGGUUAAAGACAUUUUGAAACCAGAAGUGAUGGAGGAGAUUGUAUUGCUGACACAACAGAAGCUUAUUGAACAGGAAGGUUAAAUCGAGAGUCAUUUACACAGAGCUGAGUCAUUCGCUGACCAAAUCAACUAUAUAGACAUUUCCCAUUUUUCUGCUGUUGAAAAGAAGACCAACAAGCUCUCUGUGUAAACAAAAAAACAACUGUAUGCAAUGACAUGACAUGUAUGAGAUCAAACUACGUGUAAAGGUGCAAUGAUGUGAUAGACAUGAUUAGUAAACAUUAUACACUUUUUGGAAUCCUGCAUAUCUCACCAUUUAUGGUAGUCGCAUUAGAGACCAGGAAGCAACUAUCUGGUUGAAUACUAUGGCGGAAUCAAAAGUGUUUUUUUUAAACAAGUCUUGUCUGAAAUACACUUAAUUUCCUAUUAAAAGUGGAGCAAAAAACAUCUUUAAAACUUUUUCGUUGG